UUAUUUGCGUUAUCUGUGCAUUUUCCUCUCGAUUGUCAUGGUGUCUAAAGGUUGAUUUUGUUUUUAUUUAUUAGAUUUUCAUUCAUAUAAACGAUACUAUCAUCCCCUCGAAACGUAAACAUGAACAGAUUAAUUUUGAAUCCGUGUCGGUGCCUAAAAAGAUCAACUCUGAAAUGGGAAAUCAAAGAGUAUCAGUAUUUUUCACAUGUGAGACAUGCAAGGACCCUGUCAUAUGCUAUCCAGCCAGGUGAGCCUAGUUCUGGCUGUACACAGCGGCCAUUAAAUGCCAGAGUUUUGUACACGCCGCCCUACAUCAGAGGAAUAGCCACAAGCUCCUGCUACUACGAAAAGGAACCGCUUAAACCUUCUUCAAAAGUCGAAGCAGCAGUUGAAACUAUAAAGAAAGGAAUAGCUGAAAAAGAGAAGCUCCCAGUGAAAGAAGUACCGAAGAAAAGUAUAGGGGAACGCAUCAUGGCUGAGCUCAGGCAUUAUGCAUAUGGUUUCAAAUUACUCUUUAUUGAAAUCAGGAUCUCUACAGGUUUAUGCUUUAAGAUUCUAAGAGGCAAGUCGCUAACUCGGCGAGAGCACAAGCUACUCAUCACUACAAUCGGAGACUUAUUCAGAAUGGUACCGUUUAUAGUAUUUAUCAUUGUGCCCUUUCUAGAAUUCUUACUGCCAGUAUUCAUAAAAAUUUUCCCUAACAUGUUGCCAUCCACAUUUGAAAGCAAAGAUCAGAAAGAAAUAAAAAUGAAACAGCACUUGAAAGUUAAGUUGGAAAUGGCUAAGUUUUUCCAAGAGACACUGGAUCAGAUGGCUCCUCAGGCAAGUAAUAGGCACUCGACACUCGCAAAAGAGUUUCAGACCUUCUUCACGAAAGUCAGAACUACUGGUGAUGUGGCCACUAGUGAGGAAAUAAUGAAAUUCUCAAAGUUAUUUGAAGAUGAAAUUACAUUAGAUUCACUCCAGAGGCCACAUCUGAUUGCACUUUGUAAAGUGUUAGGAGUGACUUCUAUUGGUACAAGUGCUAUGCUACGGUGGAAUCUAAGGAUGAAGUUGCGGUCCCUAGCUGCUGAUGACAAGAUGAUAGCUAAAGAAGGUGUGGACAGCUUAAACUUCAGCGAGUUGCAACAGGCGUGCCAAGCACGUGGAAUGAGAGCUUAUGGUGUAUCAGAAGAGCGCCUUAGGAAGGAAUUAAGAAACUGGCUAGAUUUGUCUUUGAACGAAAAAGUUCCGCCAUCACUCUUGCUACUGUCCAGAGCAUUGAUGGUGCCAGAACAUGUGCCGACUACAUAUAAGUUGAAGGCUACUAUUUCAGCACUGCCAGACUCGGUUGUGAUGCAGACCAAGGCUGCCAUUGGGGAAAAGGAAGGCAAAAUUGACUUCAAGGCUAAAGUGGAAUCUAUCAAGCUUGAAGAACAGAAGAUCAAAGAAGAACAGGCCGAGAUGCUUGAAGCCGAGAAAGAGAAACAAAUACUGGAAGCAAAGAAGAGAGAGAAGGAGGAACUGAAAGACAAAGCGCCCAUACUUGAUAUCGAACAGGAACCCAUUGCUAAGGAUGAGGCCAAGGUGCUGAAUGUGGAUACUCCUAAACCGGCGGAGGAGGGUCUGUCUGGCAAGGAUAUUGAAGUCAUUGAGGAUGCUUUAGAAAAAUUAGCUGAACAGAAGAAAUCCCUGCUCCUCGAGAAGGAGAGCAUCCAAGACCUGAAGGCGGAGCUCUCCGAGUAUAGCGAGGAUGUCAAGGAGAUGCAGGAGAUCGUCAAGACCAAGCAGGCGGACAUCAAGGUCUCCAAGGGCGCUAGAAGACUAUACAAAGCAGUGAACAACAUGAUCAGCAAAUUGGACUCCGUGCUAGUCGAGUUAGAAAGCAAAGAGAAGGUGCUCCAGAAAACCUUAGAACAGACCAAGUCCGAGCCGCAGAAGGCCAAGGAGCAGCUGAUCCAUAUCGAUGAACUGAUGCAUUCCAUUAAGAGUCUCCAGAAGGUACCUGAUGAGGCGAAGCUGAAGCUGAUUCAGGAUGUGUUGGGGAGGUUGGACGACGAUUUUGAUGGACAGUUGAAGGUCGAUGACGUUUUGAAGAUGGUUGAAAUAAUCGGCAACGAGAACGUGAACCUAUCAGAGAAGCAGGUGCAGGAGCUGAUCGAGCUCCUCGACAAGGAGGAGAUUCUAGAAGUAGAGAGCAAGAUACAGAAGGCGCUCGACAAGGCCGCCACAGCGGAGAAGGUGCAGAAUAUUGAAGCUCUGGAAGCUAGCAAGGUGAGUUUGAUACUGCUGGACUAGGAGGAGGUUCUAGAAGUAGAGAGCAAGAUACAGAAGGCGCUGGACAAGGCCGCCACAGCGGAGAAGGUGCAGAAUAUUGAAGCUCUGGAAGCUAGCAAGGUGAGUUUGAUACUGCUGGACUAGGAGGAGAUUCUAGAAGUAGAGAGCAAGAUACAGAAGGCGCUCGACAAGGCCGCCACAGCGGAGAAGGUGCAGAAUAUUGAAGCUCUGGAAGCUAGCAAGGGUCUAUUCGACUUGAUCCGAGAAGCGCAGAAGCGACGGGAAAUGAAGAAAGCGGUGGAGAAGUUCAGCGAUCAACCCUCGAUCCCCAAGAGCGAAGGCAUCGUCACCAAGACCACCAAACCAGAAGACAGCAGUAAACGGCACGAGAGCCACUGAAAACCCAACCCUAGGAAUAUUAGAGUAAAGUUGUAAAUACUGUGGCUGUCGGUGGCGUUUACGUCUUAUGCUAGUCGAGCAACCAGCAGAAAUGACGAUCCCAAUAAUACUUAUUGAAAUAUAGGGCAGAGUCCGUCUAAGAUGACUUUGCACCGACUUGGAUAGAACAAAGUGAGGGAGUGUCUUUAUAAAAGUCAUAUUUUCAUAUAAAUUUGACAUUAAUGAUGACAUUUCCACACAUAGCUAAGUCCAACUCUAACAAAGUUGCAAACUUUGAUCCCAUUAUGUAAAGUGUAAUGUACCGUUAUGUAAUGUUUCCCUAAUGACAAUAAGCAUUUGUAUACAUGUAAUCGAUUACUGCAUGUAAAUAGUUACAUAAUGCCUAUGUAUUCCGUUUCGCACCGUACAAACUGAUUUUCAAAUUUUUAUUUAUUUCUGGUUUCGUUAUUUAUAAAAUUCUAUUUUAUUGUUCAUGCAUUUCUGUGAUCGCUGUUGUAAGUUUUAUGUUAUAGUUGUGUAUAUUAUGCACAAAUUGUAUGUGUGUAUGUAUUCGAGUUUAUUUGAUUGGCACCGGCUCGGCCUUCAUUAUCAGAAAUUGGGAUUUACUUCAAGUAUAAAAUAUCUCGCAAGUUGCAUUUAAAAUGUGACGGAUUUGUGUAUAUAAAAAUAUAUAGAUGAUUAAUUUUAUAUGACUUCAAAACUGGUUUCAUAACCCUGGCGUAUCAUGUGAUUCUUGGCUGUCUAUAAUUUAAGCUACCACGACCAUAUCUGCACAUCUAAUGCAGGUAUUAACACAACUAAAUAUACAUUUAUAUGAAAAAUCUUGUUCUAAAACUUCUAAAACAACUGUUGUCGGGUAUAACAAAUAUGUAUUUCAAUGUUAUUACUAGUUCAUUUAUCUGUUACCAUUAGAUGUGCUGAGAAUCGAACUUACUUAUGUUAAAGUAAGAGAAUAAAGAGAUCAUUAUAUUAA